AUGAAGGCAGCCGUUGCUGCUACCGCCCUGUUCGGCGCCCCGGCCUUAGCUGGUCUCGGAAAGCCGACACUUUUCAAGGAUGGUCUCUCGCCGCAUGUAAACGCAGAGUUUAUGCAGUACAUGCCGUCAACUCCGAGCACCAGCGGCCCGUGGUCGUGGGGAUGGAUCCCAAAGCGUUGCGCUGACGAAGCAAACCGCGGCGACGUCAAAUUCAGCUGGUACGACUUCGAAGUAUUCAACGUCCAGUAUGCGGAUUGCGAGGAGGCUUGGAUUUUCUGCAGACACACAAAGGCAGAGCUCUCUCAGAGCCAGCUGAUCGAUUACUUCGGUCGUUUACCAGUCCAUGAGCGCCAGUCGGUCUCAUACGUGAUGGCAGUUCCAGGCGGUGGAAGCGCCUACGAGAUCGGUGGCAUGGUUGUCUUCCAGGGCAACACGGCUUCUGUUUCCGUAUUCCAGCACGAGGUCGGACACGCUGUUGAUGCAUACAACAACGCCGACGGGUCAUCGAGCAGCACCAAGGAAUUCUUGGAUGCUAUCGAUGGUGAUACUUGCGUUCCUGAUGAUUACGCCAACUCCAGCAAUGUUGAGGACUACACUCAAGUCGGUGUCCUCCUGAUGUACAACACUGUUGUCCCAGGCGGACUUGACAAGAUCGGCGCCGACUACAGCUGCCUUUCCAAGCAGCUGGCUGUUGUCGCUGCUCGUCAACAAGCAGCGAUGGAGCUCGGCGGAACAUGCACAUGGCGCCAGACAUACGGCGAGGUCAUCAGCAUGGGUCCAGCAAGUGGAAAUAACAAGCGCUCUGUUGGCCCCAAGCCAGUCAUGAACCUUGUGCCUGGCCACCCACUCGCCGUUGAGAAGGAUAUCAACCGUGGUGGUGAGGUUACCGUUUACAAUAACAUCAUCUCCAACGAGGCUGAGGAUGCCAAGGCGGCGCAGAAGCAGGCGGCGUGGAAUGCAGUGGCAAGACACCGUGCUGUCAGGAGCACUAUCUAG